UUGAAGGACCAUGUUAUGCUCUCCAUUCUAAAAUCUAACCUCCGCGGACGGACCGAAAUUCCUAAUCAAUCGGUUUUUUCCUCCUCCAUGGCCGAAAUCCCUUCAACCAGUUCCCGGCCUGAACCCAAUGCUCGCCGUCUGUUUCUUUUCCCAGGUAUAUUCUGUGGUGUUGUAAAUGGUUUUUUGAUUGUGUUUUGUGGCUCAAAUGAAAAGCUUCAGUUCCCCUGCCUGAACCCAAUCUCAUUCCGAAUCGGGGCCUCGAUUCCACUCAAUAAUAGUGUUGCCGCUGCAACAGGCGUGUCGCUGUCGAAUCCCUAUGGGAUUUCUUCGACGUCAUCUGCUUCGCUGCUCCGGCGAGGACGACAACGAAUUUUAGUUCCUCUGUCGCUGAUUCACUGUGUCGUCGCAAUAUUCAUCAAGAAGAAUCCGAUUGUGAAGGUGAGAACAAACUGCUUCACAGUAUAG